ACCCGGAAACCAGGAAAACCCCUGCGGGUUGAGGAGCCUCACUCCCAGAGCGGUAGAGGGCUCCAACUCAGAAGCUAUAGAGAUAUAGCAAGUCCUUGAGGCUGAGAGACCUUACUUCCGGAACGUCAGGGAGCUCCGGCUCCGACACGUCAGAGGCACGACGGACAGCAAGCCAUAAGCCACUGCAACGCCGGCAUUCUGGAAGGACAUGGAGCGUCAAAACUUCGAUUACCUGCUUUACGUGGGACUUGACGACGACGAUGACAACUGGGAUGAGGCUGAGGCAUCGACGGUCUUGCAGGCUGGAGAGGGACGAAAUGAGGAAGCCAGUGGACCGGGCCAGGCUGGGCGCGGAGCCGCAGCCGCUGCAGCCAUAGCCGCAGAAGCAGCCGGAGCAGAAGCAGGAGAAGGCCCCUCAGCUGCUGGCGCAGCAGGCCCCGUGGAUGAUGGGAACCAAGAGGGCGCUGUUGGUGGCCAUGGCCAGGAGAAUGAGCCACAGCCUCAGGAGCCAGAUCGUGGGGCCAUGGGAGACAACCAGGCUGUGCUGUCCUUGGCCGAGCGGUGGUCCUGUGUUCAACCCGUGAGGGUGCUGGUGCCUGAAUUCCGAGUCCAUUACCAGCACAGGUUCACCUUGGCUCAGCUCCAAGAGCUGGAGAGCGCCUUUCAGCGCAGUCAGUACCUCACCACUGAGGAGGCGAAACGAUUGGCAUCUUGCUUGGGUGUAACUGAAGCCAGAGUGCAG